UCUUUGCAUGAGGCAUUUUGUGUAUGUAAACUAUGUAUGUGUUUAUGUAGACAGUGCGACUGUGAUGUAAACUGUUUACGUUCUGAAUGUAAGCUUUGGAGUACACAUUAUUAAGAAAUUGUGUUGGGAGGUAGUAUUUUCGCAUAACUUGGAACAUCUCCAUGUACGGCAAGGAACACAACAGUUACCCUGUGGACUGAAAAUAAAAUAUAGACUAUUGCUCUAUCAGAAUGUGAAAAUCUAUCUUGAGCUACUUUUGGACGUGUGGAAGUUAACAGAUUUCUCAAAAGUGAAGUUCUUGGACUCAAAACGCAUUAGUUUUUAGCAAAUGGUGCCAUUAACUGUUCACCACCAACAAAGAAAAUGGAAAUAAUUUUGAAUGUCCAGUGAACGUGGAAACACCAUUGAUAAACAGCAGCUGUGCAAGUUCUAAGGGAUAAAUGUGCUGAAUGAUAUGGUUACCACACAGAAAAUUGUACCGAUAACAAGCUGUUAAGCAUCUGCAUACAACUGGACAGUCUUUAAAUCAGUGUGUCCUUUGACCAGAAAACUUUUUUAAUCAACACUGGCAUUAUAGAACUGAGGCUGCGACAACUCAACUAGCCAUGUUGAAAAAUCCCUGUUUGAGAGAACAAAAUACUGAUAAAAGUGAAACUCACCAUUCUGAAGAUGAAGGACAUUCAAGUGAGAGACUACCUAUGCAUAGUAAUGAUGAGUCAACCAAUGCCAAGGAUGAAACUACAGAUGCACAAAGUGACUGGGGAAGAAGACUUCCAGAGAAUGUACUAAUGCAUAUAUUUUCCUUAGUGUGCAGUGAAACUGGAUGCAUACCGUUCCUUGUCAGGGCAUCAAAAGUGUGUCAUCUCUGGAACCGUGUAGCUUCCAUUAAUUCCUUGUGGCACAAUGUAGAUCUAUCAGGAAACCGUCUUAAAAAAGCAUACAAAAAUGAUACUCGUAUCAGACGGUUAUUUUCGAAUAAAUUGACACAUGUACGUCAUCUUGACAUUGGUGAUUGGAAACUUGUAAAUGUAACUGAUGUGCUGGCGGCUAUAUGUGAAAGUUGUCAAAGACUGGAAAGUCUGUCAUUGUCGGGCUGGACAAGACUGAGUCCUGCAAAUCUAGCAUAUAUUGCAACUAAUUUACCUAAUUUGUCAAGAGUUGAUCUUUCAAGGACGGUUAGUGAUGGUAAAGUUGUCCCAGCACAGUCAUAUACAUCUGUUCUUCAAAUUAUGACUCAUAGACUGACACAUUUGGUGUUAUCAAACAACACAAUGUGUGGCCUUUCACAGAUCAUUAUUGCUUUGUCUACAUCGUGCCCUAAUCUAGAACUGCUGGAUAUUUCCUUUCUUCAGAUGCAUUCUACUGCACUGAUAAACCUGGAAAAAUUUCAGAGCGGAUGCCAGAAACUGAAAGUUUUGAGAGUUACAAACAGCAAUAUAGCUUUAAGCCCAGUGCCACUUAACAUACAAGUUUUAUCUCCUGGCUUCCCUGACCUUGAGGAAUUAAAUAUUGCAGCAUUUACUCUUUUUGAUGAAUCAUGCUCAAAACCCAUAGUUGAUGACAACUCCAUCGAAAGGAUUUUAAAAACCUCAACUAAACUUAAGCUAUUAGAUGUUCGUGGCCAGAAUAGUGUGUCAGAUGCAGGUUUAGUAAGAAUACCUGCAUGGAAUGUUGAACGAUUAUUUCUUGCAGGUUGCUGUAUCUCACGGAAAAAUGUUUCUGGUUUGGAGCUGAUUAUGCAGAAAUGGAAUCAUAGUUUAGUGGAGGUGGACUUAAGUUGGGUGCAUAUUAAUGAAUCUCUUGACUCUGGCCUGAUUGCUCUUGCUGAAUGUGGAGAAAAAUCACAACUACAGAUUCUCAACCUAUGUGGAUCAUCAGCAAGUCUUCAUGCUGUGAAAGCUGUUGUCUUGAAAUGUCCUUUACUAAAUUCUCUGAACCUAUCAUCUUGCCGUGCCUUGUCUCGUGGUAUGAAGAGACGCUAUACUGGCGGUGAGAUUUCUGAACUGUGCAGCAAGUUAAAAAACAGCUAGGUUUGUGGACUUGAAAAGACAAAGCUGAUCUUUCUAGCCAUAUCUGGAAAAGGUAGUUUGUGUUAAAAAGAGACUGAAUCUCAUUAAAGUGCUGACACACCAGUAAAAUGAUCACAGGUAUUCAAGGUGAUUAGUGUUUGGGUAUCAUACAUGGUAUGGUGUACUGAAACAUGAGAAACAUUGUUUGUGCACUGACAAUUGUACUAUUUGCAUUAGGUAAAUUUAGAAAAUCUAAUUCCACAAGACUAUGAAGCCAUUAUCUCUAGAACAGCUUCAUUAUUAUAUUUUAACACUACAUUUAUGUGAGGUGUAUUGUAAGAUAGUUUUUUGAAAGACUGUAUUUAUUUCCGUAACAUCACACUGUGCUUGUAUUUUUCCAGCUGCUUCAUAUUUAUGUUUCUAUCCUGUAUUUGUAUAAGGCCUGAUGUGUGCUAGAUUUUGUUUAAAUGUUAUUAUUAUUUCAGUAGGGCCAUUGGCUGUUGAGUUUCCAAUUUAUUAUCUGAGAAGCAAUAAUUGGAUUGUUCAUAAUGUUUUAAAGAUAUGUAAAUACAAUAAUCUUUAAAUGACUAGAAUUCACCUCAGAUAGCCUGCUCUAGCAUGUUAAUACACUUGCUGAAAGUGGAAAAUUAACACUGUGAAGCAGUGAUACCAUAUGAAUGAAGUUUCCUUCACGUGUUGUGCAAGCUAUAUACUAUAUAUAGGAUCACAAUCACAAGCACCGUUGUAAUGAUCCAGUUUCAUGAGCAUUUCUGCAACAAAACAGGCAUAAUUUUUAGUGAACAGGAAGACACAUUACUGUUAUUUUUCUGAUUUUGUCACUCAUCCAAACACUGUACGGCAAGUCCUGUAAAAUGGUUCUUUAUAAUUAAUGAGAAGCACUAUAUUGCUUAUGUUCUAAAGGAUUAAUUUAUUGUGUCAACUGGAUUUUGGCUUAUAAGAUCAUCAUCAGACUUUAACUGACCAUUAUUUUAUUCGGUUUGUUUAUUUAAUGUUAUACAGACACGAUUUUCGAGUGUAGUGGUAAGGUUUUUCCUGUUUGUUCGCUUUAUAUUUACCUAUUGUUCAGCUAUUUUUCUUUUAAGUUGCAUUACCAGUACACUGUCAAAGAUGCCAUUUACUGUGUGUUUGUGUGCUGUUUACAGACAUUGUAAUUUCUUUGGUGGAAGUAGUUAGUUAAAGUCUAAUAAUGGCUUUGCAAGCCAAAAACCGGUUAGCGCAAUAAAUUAAUCAUAUAGAACAUAAGCAACAUAGUGCUUUUCAUUUAUUAUACAAUUGUCCUACCAAGAACUGACAGAAAAUUCAGUUAACAUGUUAUUACUUUAUUAUUCUGGUUAUUAAUUGUGAGUAUACGUCGUAAAAUGUUGU